AAACGAUCACCCUCUCUUCCUCCCUCUAUCACCGCGCGGCACUCUCUCCCCGUUUUCUACUUUCUCUGACUAAAACGAAGAACUGAAGUCGAGAUUAACAAAUAAUCUGCUUUCUCUGAUUUCCUCUCGUGUUGAUUCCAUUUUGUGUCUGGAACUCAACAAUCUUGGUUUCUCUCUUUCCCUCCUUCCUGGAACUCAAGAGCACAGAGUGGUGCUGGCAUUUUCUCUUCUCGAGAAUCUACCCAAACUACCAUGCAUUGAAUAUUAUGGAUCGGUGAAAGUUUGUGUGCAAAAUCUUGAACGACAGCACGCUUUCAAUUUUUUAAGCCUCAAUGUCGCUUCGGAAAGCACCCCUCCCUCGGAUCCUUCUCGACAAUGUAUCGUGCAUGAGAAAUGCCCAGCAAAUCUUGCGGCAUGUAAAUGUCUCUGUUCAUGAUGGUGGGGCGCUUGUACUGACAGGCAGCAACGGUUCGGGCAAGAGCACUUUUUUGCGAAUGUUAGCCGGUUUUUCUAAGCCUUCUGCGGGUCAGAUACUUUGGAAUGGUCAUGAUGUGACUGAAUCUGGAGUGUUCCAUCAGUACAAGCUUCAGCUCAACUGGCUCUCCCUGAAAGAUGCCAUCAAGGAAAAGUUUACUGUACUUGACAAUGUUCAGUGGUUUGAGCUUCUUGAAGGCAAGCAAGGGAAUUCUCUGCCUGCUCUUGAGUUGAUGGGGCUUGGAAGAUUAGCAAAGGAUAAGGCAAGAAUGUUGUCCAUGGGGCAGCGAAAAAGGCUGCAGCUUGCAAGGUUACUGGCGAUUGACAGGCCAAUUUGGUUGUUGGAUGAGCCUUCUGUUGCAUUAGAUGAUGACGGGGUGAGGUUGCUUGAGUACAUUAUCGCAGAGCAUAGAAAGAAGGGAGGGAUUGUCUUUGUUGCGACUCAUCUACCAAUUAACAUUGAGGAUGCCAUGUACUUGAGGUUGCCACCAAGGUUCCCCAGAAGGAUGACCUUGGUAGAUAUGCUUGAUCGUGCAGAAAUCUCAUAAAACAGGAGGUGCAUAUUUCUGCUCUGCUGCGCAUUGAUUUUUUCAUUGCAUCCGAACUAGUUGUCUUCAUUUAACUAGUCGAGCUUCUGGUGAGUUAUUCCAAAAUAGUACAUGCCAGUAGAUGCAAGGCAGAUGAGUCCAGUCUUCCGUCUUUUCUAAUUGCCUGAAAUUAGAGUUGUGAUUCUUACUUAGAUUUCAUCAGUGACACAAGUAGCAUAUAUUUUUCUUUUAUUUUCCCUUUGUAAUUCGGGUCCUUGAGGAGAUAUAAGGAAUGAAAAGUCA